UUCCCCACCAUUUCUCUCUCCUCUCUCCUCUCACUACCCCCAAAGCAGCAGCAAGCGGCAUCAGCAGCGAGCACCCAAGCUAAGCCAGCAGCAGCAGCAGCAGCAGCCAAGCCAAUUCCCCCAAAUCGCCUCCUCCCAAAUGCGACUCCUCCUCCUCCCCUGACGAAACCCUCCCCCUCCGCCUCCGCCUCCGCCAUGUCGCUGCAGCCGCCGGCGGUGGAGCCGCCGGAGUGGCUGCGGACGCUGCCCGUGGCGCCGGAGUACCACCCGACGCUGGCGGAGUUCGCCGACCCCAUCGCCUACAUCCUCAGGAUCGAGCCGGAGGCGUCCCGCUACGGCAUCUGCAAGAUCGUGCCCCCGCUCCCGCGGCCCCCCGAGGACGACACCUUCCGCCGCCUCCAGGCCGCCUUCGCCGCCGCGGCCUCCUCCAAUGGCGACCCCUCCCCGACCUUCCCCACGCGGCUCCAGCAGGUCGGCCUCUCCGCCAGGAACCGCCGCGCCGCCAGCCGCCGGGUGUGGGAGAGCGGGGAGCGCUACACCCUGGAGGCGUUCCGCGCCAAGGCGGCCGAGUUCGAGCCCCCGAGGCACGCCGCGCCGCCCAGGAACCCCACCCACCUCCAGCUCGAGGCCCUCUUCUGGGCCGCCUGCGCCUCCAGGCCCUUCAGCGUCGAGUACGGCAACGACAUGCCCGGCUCCGGCUUCGCCUCCCCCGACGAGCUCCCCGACGCCGCCAAUGCCACCGACGUCGGGGAGACGGAGUGGAACAUGCGGGUGGCGCCCCGCGCCCGGGGGUCGCUGCUCCGCGCCAUGGCCCGCGACGUGGCGGGCGUCACCACCCCGAUGCUGUACGUGGCCAUGCUCUACAGCUGGUUCGCCUGGCACGUGGAGGACCACGAGCUCCACAGCCUCAACUUCCUCCACUUCGGCAAGGCCAAGACCUGGUACGGCGUCCCCCGCGACGCCAUGCUCGCCUUCGAGGAGACGGUGCGCGUCCACGGCUACGCCGACGACCUCAACGCCAUCAUGGCCUUUCAAACGUUAAAUGAGAAGACAACUGUCUUAUCUCCUGAGGUGCUUCUUUCUGCUGGUGUUCCCUGCUGCAGAUUGGUUCAAAAAGCGGGAGAAUUUGUUAUCACAUUCCCUGGAGCUUAUCAUUCAGGCUUUAGCCAUGGAUUUAAUUGUGGGGAAGCAUCAAAUAUUGCAACUCCCCAUUGGUUACAAGUGGCUAAAGAAGCUGCAAUCCGGAGGGCUUCAACUAAUUGUGGUCCGAUGGUGUCUCAUUAUCAGCUGCUUUAUGAGCUAGCACUCUCAUUGCGUCCAAGGGAGCCUAAGAAUUUCUAUUCUGUUCCAAGAAGCUCACGUUUAAGGGACAAGAAUAAGAAUGAAGGUGAUAUAAUGGUCAAAGAAAAUUUUGUUGGAAGUGUAACCGAAAACAACAAUUUGCUUAGCGCCCUUCUGGAUAAGAAUUCUUGUAUAAUUGUUCCAAACGCUGAUUUCUUCGUUCCAUCCUUUCCUGUUGCACUGGAAUCUGAAGUUACUGUUAAACAAAGGUUUACAGCUGGUCCCUGCAGUAUUAGCCAGCAAGGAGCAGAAAAUAUGGCUGCUGAUCAUGUGGCUGUAGACAAGGUUACAGAGAUUCAGGACAUGAGUGGAUCCUUAUAUCCUUGUGAAACCAGUCUUGUGGGCUGUAGCAAUAGAAAACUUUAUGAAACAAAAUAUGGCCAACGGGAUGCUGCUGCUUUGUGCUUAUCUACUUCAGAGAUUCAGAGCAGAGGAAUUGAUACAGCAAGAUCACAUCCAGCAGGCGGGAUCUUAGAUCAAGGACGGUUGCCAUGUGUACAGUGCGGAAUACUAAGCUUUGCAUGUGUAGCCAUCAUUCAACCUAGAGAAGCAGCAGUACAGUUUAUCAUGUCUAAAGAGUGCAUCUCAUCGAGUGCAAAACAAGGAGGAAUUGGUGCAUCUGAUGAUACCUCAAACUGGAUUGACCAGAGUCAUGAGAUUAGUCCUCCACCAGGUCCAGCAUCUGGAACAGAUGAUAAUGUAAAGCAUGCCGUAAGUUUGGCCCAUGUCUCUGAUCGGUGUAGAGAACUAUAUGCCAGCAAUACAGAUGGAUGCACCUCUGCUCUUGGGCUUCUAGCUUCUGCAUAUGACUCAUCAGACUCUGAUGAUGAAACAACUGAGGAUGUUUCAAAACAUAGCAAGAAAAAUGAUUCAGUAAACCAAAGCACGGAUCCUCAAAUCUUGGAAACAUCAGCUAGCUGUUCCAGUACAGUUCAGUGUCAAAAGACAAAUUCACACUUGCAUGAAGAGGAAUGUGAGGCAAGAGCCACAUCAUUGAUGAAACCUGUAAGCCAUAAUAGUAGGCCCAUUAGUCAGUCUAACAGGGAUACAGAUAUCGACCAUUUUAUAGAACUGGGAAAGUCAGGAACACAGUGUUCAGGUUAUCUUGAUUUGGUUGAUGAUCUAACUACAUCAGUUUUAAAAUCCUCUUCAGAUACUUGUGUAAGUGCAGCUAAAGCCUCAAUGGAUCCAGAUGUUUUGACCAUGCUCAGGUACAAUAAAGACUCUUGCAGAAUGCAUGUGUUUUGUCUUGAACAUGCUUUGGAAACAUGGACACAGCUUCAACAAAUCGGUGGUGCUAAUAUUAUGCUUUUGUGCCAUCCAGAAUACCCUAGAGCAGAGUCAGCAGCAAAAGUCAUAGCAGAAGAACUUGGUAUCAAGCAUGAUUGGAAAGAUAUCACUUUCAAAGAAGCAACUGAAGAGGACGUUAAAAAGAUUCAGUUGGCUUUACAGGAUGAAGAUGCUGAACCCACUGGCAGUGACUGGGCAGUCAAAAUGGGUAUCAACAUAUAUUACAGUGCCAAACAGAGCAAAUCACCACUUUACAGCAAGCAGAUACCAUACAAUUCCAUCAUUUAUAAGGCAUUUGGCCAAGAAAACCCAGACAGUUUGACAGAUUAUGGAUGUCAAAAGUCAGGCUCAACAAAGAAAAAGGUGGCUGGGUGGUGGUGUGGGAAAGUUUGGAUGUCAAAUCAAGUUCAUCCACUUCUAGCUCGUGAGCGUGAAGAACAGAACAGUAGCGUAGUGUACGGCAAAGCAAUGUUCACUACUAUUUCCCAUGGCAAAGUACAAGAUGAAGCGUCAACAAGAUGCAAUACAAGCAACCGAACCCCAUCAAGAAGAACAUCAAGAAGAAAAAAGGGGGUAUCUGCUGAGAAAUCUAAACCAAAAAACAAGAGAUCCACUGCUUCUGAUGAAGCUAGUAUGCUUUGCAGUGGCCUUGGAAUGAACUCUGGAGUUAUCCAUGACCAAACUGAAAACUCUGAUGAUUAUGACAAACAUGGCAAUGGAGAUGAAAUUGAGGAAGGAACAAAUCCUCAGAAAUAUCAACAACGUAAAUUGCAAAACGUGACCAGGAAAUCAAGUUCUAAGAAGCGGAAGGAUGAGAAAAGAACAGAUAGUUUUCAUGAACUAUAUGACGAGGAUAAUGGUGUGGAUUAUUGGCUUAACAUGGGUAGUGGAGAUGAUGCCACACUAGGUAACUCUCGACAACAAAGUCCUGAUCCAGUGAAAGUGAAAUCUGGAGGCAAAUUGCAAGGUAAGAGAAAAUCUAGCAAGUACAAGUCCAAUGAUGAUUUGUUGAAUGAAGAAAAUAAGUUACAAAAGAUGAACAAAAAAUCAAGCUCUAAGAAGCAAAAGAAUGAUAAGAUAAAUAGACAACUUCAAGAAGAUCAAACCGAAGAUGACCAUAUGGACCACUUAGUUGACGUAGCGGUUGCAGAUGAAGUCACACUAGACAAUGAGGAUAAAAUUACAGAAGACAAAAUUGAUGACGUGAAAGUGAAAUCUAGAGGAAAAUCGCAAAAUGGUAAGAGAAAAGGCAGCAAACAUCAGGCUACCGAUGGUUUGCGCGCUGGAAAUAAAGUGGCCAAAUUUCCGUGUGAUAUAGAAGGAUGUGACAUGAGCUUCAGUACCCAGCAGGACUUGUUAUUGCAUAAGCGUGACAUUUGUCCUGUCAAAGGAUGCAAGAAGAAGUUCUUCUGCCACAAGUACUUGCUUCAGCACCGGAAGGUGCAUAUAGAUGAAAGGCCACUUAAGUGUACAUGGAAGGGGUGUAAGAAGGCAUUCAAGUGGCCAUGGGCGAGGACGGAGCACAUGAGAGUCCAUACGGGGGUAAGACCUUACGAGUGCCAGGAACCUGGCUGUGGUCAGACAUUCCGAUUCGUUUCAGAUUUCAGCCGCCACAAGAGAAAGACUGGCCAUUCCUCUGAUAAGAGAAGAAAGAACAGUACAUAACUUCUAACCGCUGUGCGCAAAGUACAGGUUUCUUCUCUGACGAUGAUCUGAAGAGGGAUGCUAAUUGAAUAAUUGCAUCAGAUUCCAUUUAUUGUGGGAUUAGCCCACAUUAGGAGUCUAAUUCAUUUCAUUGUUUGCCGGCUCUGCAUAACAGCCAAUUUUUCAAUUGCUUUAGGUCCAACUGACCUUUUGUUGACUAGGAUUUACUCCCAAGUCAAUUGUAUCAACCGGUCUUCUGUUCAUCCUGAAAAAUCGGGAAUUUCUCCUGUCACCAUGGCUUUUAAAGAAGCAUGUUAAUCUGUUGUUAGCUGUUCCUUAAUUUUUCCUUUUUUCUAAAAUAAACUGUCAGCAUGUAGUAGUUAUUUGUUCCUUAAUUUUGUGCACGUUUUGGUUCUGCAAAA